AAUAAUGCUAUAAAAUGAGGCUUUCCUCAAAAUUUCUCCCCUGAAAACGGAGAUGGGGUUGCAAAUUGCGGAUCCGAAUACGUGCAUCAGGGGCUGCUGCUCCAGCAAAUCCAUUCCUCUUCAUCUUCCACCUUCCGCAUUUUCGCUCCUCUCCCCAAUUGCCCGAGGGGCGGAGAGUACUGUGUAUGAAGGAAGGUUGGAUGGUAAAAGAGUUGCUAUAAAGAAGCCCAUCUUGUCUACUUCCGACGACUUGGACAAGUUUCAUAGGGAGCUUCAGAUACUAUGCGAAUUAGAUCAUCCAGGCAUAGUCAAACUGAUCGCAGUCAAUGCGAGGCCACCGAACUACUUGUUUUUCUUCGAAUUCUAUGAGUUUCCGAAUCUUGCGGAGAAAUUGCAUGCUGAAGAAUGGAAUCCGAGUAUCAAUCAGGUGCUCAUGAUCACUCUAGAGUUAGCAAAGGCUUUGCAAUAUUUGCAUAACUUGGGGAUUGUGCAUAGGGAUGUGAAACCAGCAAACGUUCUUCUUGGCAAAGAUUUACGUCCAUACUUGGCUGAUUUUGGUUUAGCAGUACACCAGAAACAUCUGAAAGGAAUCUCCGCAGAAAACUGGAAGUCAUCUGGGAAGCCAACAGGUGGUUUCUAUAAGAAAAGCAUGGUUGGGACACUCAUUUAUAUGGCACCUGAGAUAUUGAGGAAGGAAAUACAUACAGACCUAUCAGAUGUCUACAGUUUUGGCAUCUUGAUGAAUGAGCUUUUGACUGGUGUUGUUCCAUAUACUGAUCUUCGAACUGAAGCACAGGCCCACACUGUACUGGAAAUGAAUUAUACGGAGCAGCUGCUUACCGCAGCUAUUGUUUCAGAUGGCUUGCGUCCUGCUCUUCCUAAUGAUGAGUCUGGCGCACCAUCAAGGUUGUUGUCACUUAUACGCAGGUGCUGGGAUGAAAAUCCAGAAAAUAGACCAUCUUUUUCUGAUAUAGUUGUGGACCUAGAGUCAAUUUGGGAGGACAGAAAGGGUUUAGAAUCUGUCACCCCUAUGCAUCCCAAUUUGUGUGGUAGUGUUGUUAGUGAUGCUAGUGAAAAUGAUUAUGCAUAUCAAGAAGAUAUUAAUUGGUCAAAUCAGGGUGAACAGUUUUCUAGAAAGGCUUCUAAUGCAGAUGGGUGUGCUGUGAAUGUUUGGCUUGAUUCCUCAUCUGAUCAUUUGGCAUACCGCCCAAUACUUUCUUGGGGAUCCUUUUCCACUUGUGGGAGGAGGGAGACCAUGGAGGACUCUCAUUUCCUCUUGCCUAACAUGUGUAACAAAGAAGACAUCCAUGCUUUUGGAAUCUUUGAUGGUCAUAGAGGUGCAGCAGCUGCUGAGUUUUCAGCUCAAGCUAUUCCUGGAUUCUUGCAAACGUCAUGUUCCACAAGAAGUCCUGUGGAUGCAUUAAAGGAAGCAUUUGUGAAAACAGAUGUUGAGUUUAGAAAAGAACUCGAUUUUUUUCGCAAAUCCAAGAAAGUUAAACAGAAAGACUGGCAUCCUGGUUGCACUUCUGCUGUUGCUCUAAUUGUUAGAGACAGGCUUUUUAUUGCCAAUGCUGGUGAUUGCAGGACAAUAUUGUGUCGGGCUGGUUAUCCCGUCGUUUUAAGUAAGGAUCAUGUCGCUAGUUGUGUCGAGGAGCGAGAGCGUGUCAUCAGGGCUGGAGGGCAGGUCAAGUGGCAAGUUGAUACAUGGAGGGUUGGUCCGGCUGGUCUUCAGGUGACUCGUUCAAUUGGCGACGAUGAUCUGAAGCCGGCUGUGAGUGCAGAACCUGAGAUAACAGAAACUGUUCUGACUUCACAGGAUGAUUACCUGGUUAUGGGGAGUGAUGGACUAUGGGAUGCCCUGAGCAACUCUGAGGUGGUGGGUAUCAUCAGGGACACAGUGAAAGAAGCGGCAAUGUGUUCAAAGCGGCUUGCAACAGAAGCAGUAGCCAGGGGGAGCAAGGAUAACAUUACGGUGUUUUGCAUAAUGGAGAAGAAGGCUACCCUGGCAGCUGCGAUGGAUUGGAGACUGAAAAUCAAGAACGAAACUGGACAGAAAUUUGUCAAGUCUUUCGUGACGUACGUUGUAGAUACGCAAAGUUGAAGGAACAGUGGUCUGCUUGCCGUCCUGAUGCCUAAAACAAAUUACUAAUCUUGCGAUGGAAC